AUGGCCGCCGAUACCUGCGACAUUAGCGAGGAACAGCAACACAAGGGCUGCCGAGCCUGCUUCGGCUGGCUCUUCCGGUUGUUCCGGGGGCGGCGCGGGCGCCGCUCCCAGGAACACCACGCUUCCUGCACAUCAGCUAAUGAUGUGCAGGAAGAGCUGGAGUCUAAGACCGUGCCAGCGAAAAUGUCACGCGAUGACCUCCUGUCGUGUGUCAUGGAGGUGGCGGAGGAGCAGCAGGAAUACAUGGAGGCCAAGAGCGUGGUGGAGGAGCAAAAGGGCAAGGCCGCCCUGACCUGGGCCGAGGAAGUGGCCCAGGCAGAGGAGCGAGGCCUGGAUGUAUUUGCCCCGGUCAGUGACGCCUUUCUCGAAGUAUUGCGUCACUUUGCUCCCGCCACACUGACUCAGGGCGAGGCGGCGCCCUCCGACCACGGCAGCGCUAGAAGUGCUGCAGUCACCGCGACACGUGCAGCCCGGCGAAGGGCCCGCAGGAAGGCGCUAGCGGCCCGUAGAGCGAGAAGCGAGGCUCCCGUAGCGAAUGACGGGAUUACCGAUGCUGCAGCCGCGACACCUGCAGCCGCUGAGAUCGUCAGCGAAACAAGCUCCUCAGCGGAGGAAACUGCUGCAGCGGCAGCAAUGACUCGCGGGAUGAGCGCCUCAGCGGAGGCAGACGACGCUGCAGCCAACGCGAAGAGCUGCACGAUGAGCUCGUCCAAGAAGCGAAGGGCGCGUAGGAGGGCAGCGGCUGCCUCUAUGCGAUGA